AGAGGUAAGUAGUGUUGGAAAUUCUGUUCCUCUCUUAGACGAGGGCAGUGUGCGAUGGCACUAUGAUGCGGAUGUUUUAACUGUGUUACCAUGGAAACACUCCUCAAGUGACAGAAGCUCUAUUUCUUUGGAUAAUAAAAGUUGGAACGUUUUGGAUUCUGUAGUGACCAAUGAGGAAUUCAAGGUCCAGCGGACCACCCUCAACGCUAUCCGGUUCAUCGUCCGGCAGGGGAUUGGUAGCCGGAUCUCAUAUUAGCAGACUACCACCUCCAUCAGUUUUUGUGCCUGGAGACCAAGAUAAAAGAAAUUCAAAGAGUCGGACAAAAGUAAUAGUUAUUCUUGGAAUAGCUUUACCGGUAUUGGCCUGUAUCAUUGGUGUUGCUGCCUGGGCGGUGACCACAGACGUUUUGAGGAUUAACCCCAGACCUCAUGAUAAUCCUUAUAACAGAUACGGACAUCAGGGAAAAACAAGGAUAGAUAGUUUUCAAAACCGGAACGAUCAAGAUAUAGAUGUCUUCCAGUUAAAUAGCAUAUCUUCAAAAGUUUCAACUAUUCCACCAGUCAUCAUGAAAGUCGGCACUCAAAAGACUCAGUCAAAGAGCACAAGUUCACCUACGCAAAUAUUUGUUGAAUCUGCAAGCGUGAAAAACAUUUCAGAGAAUCCAAAAGUGUCCGAUAUAAUAUCAAGACUUAUUUCUGAUAUGCCCAUUCCAAAGAAUCCAAAGAACUUUGUGAUAUUUGCGCCGGUAGCAGAUGAACCGAGAGACAUGCCUAAAGGCAGGCGAUUCGAUGGCAAACUAGUUCUCCAUGAUGAUGAGGAUUUAGUAGCUGAAGAGAGCGGGCUUUCUGAAGAAUUUUCACAAGAAAUUCCAGAUAAAAAUGUUGCCUUUAGUAGAAGUCGAAAAUCCUCUAGAGAAAAUUCGGCUUCUAUGCUUCCUGAAACAAAGUCUCCAGAUGUUAAACUGAACAUGAGAAUGAGGGGAAACAGAAAACCCACUGUAAUGCAUACUGAUGGUGAGGCAAAUUAUCAUUUGAAAUCUUUAAAAAGUCAUUCCCAAGUUGAGGAAGUCGCGGCAGCAACGAAAGCAAAUUCCGUAGUAAAUAGAAAUGGAGGAAUCACGCAACCGUUAUCCAAAGGUAAGACUAAUGAUCAUGAUUUCAGAUAUAACGGACAGUUUGGUACUAGCCUGCAUCAAGUUUACCAUGAUUCAAAACCUCAACAGGAACAAAAUAAUUUUAAUAAAAUAACAGGCAAUUUACCAUCACUGUAUUCAUCUCAAAAUAGUGUAAAUUCUGUACAAAUUCCUCCAAUUAAUGCAAAUGCAAACAAAGCAAGUAAUACUUUUAGAAAAGUACCACCGAAUCCAGUGCUUCCUAAUGUUCUGCAGCAGCAACAAAAAAGUUCUCAGGGACAACAAAGAUUCUCUUCUCAGUCUCAAUCAUUUCCAGGUCCAGCACCAGCUCGGCAACUAUUCCACAAACCUCCUCCGAUUCUCGGUGCACCUCCAUCUCAAUCUGUUAAUCAAAACCCCCCGUCUGCUUCUUUUGGAAAAUCUCUGCCAUCCCAGAACUGGCCACAAUCACUCGAUUAUGGAAAACAUUCGCCUCAAGACAAUCCAUCCUUCCAUCAUCCUUCUGGUCAGAUUCCAUCUUAUCAUUCUCCUCCACCAAGCUCACCUUCACAUAACAAUCCAAGUUCAUUAGCAUCGACUCUUUCUAACAACAAUCUUCAACAUUCCACAAAUCCUUUCCAAUCUGAUCUAUCGAAUAAUGGACCACAAUAUUUUGCUCCUCCCCCUCAGACAUUUCAUACCAAAACAAGCUACGACCGCCCGCCUCCUAAGAGUCUGUCUGGUUCGUCAUUAGCGUCAUAUGAAAGAGUGGCACAGAGCUCUGUGGAUUAUUCUAAAGACGGCCAACACCAUCAUCACCACCACCACCAUCACCAUGAGCCUCCCCCGUCAAAUUCUGACCCCUUAGGAGAUGUGAACUUGUCGGAUGUACCUAGAACGAAUGAUGCCGAUAGAUUGGGCAGCAUAGGGGUUGGAAUCGGACCACUUCCACGUGGUAUUACUGUUCAAAUUGGGGGAGGAGGAGGCGGUGGUGGAAGUUUAGGUAGCUUAUUACCUCUUGGAGCGUUGGGAGUGGCAAGGAACAUAGUAACUUCGUUGUUGCCAAGACCUUCUCUCGGAAUGAACUCCAAAUUGUACUUUGGUGUAGAAGUUGGAAGAGGAGGAGGUCUGGGUCUAUUGGGCUGAACACGUUUUAUUUCAAGGGAACUAAUGAGUCGUAAUGAAGUAUAAUGGUGAAUAGACACCAGCUACCUACAUCUAGUUAUGUUUACAAAACAUGGUUAUGAUGUUAAAACUCAAAUAAUUUGCCAUGUAAUCACCUUCACUUGCCAGUUAUGAAAUGCCAACGAAAGGGGAACUGUAGAAGCAACGCUGACUAUGAAUAUAUCUUAAAGCAAGACAAAUAAAAAAAAGAUUAAUAUAUUUGUGAUUUUUGAAUUUUUGUUAAUAAUAUUUAAAGAGAAAGAAAGGGGUAGGAUUAUUGGAAAUAUGCAUUUAUUCUUAUUGAUUUUAUUUGAUAUAUUUAGAGACAAUUAACAUGGACCUCAAAUUCUAAUUAAUACAAUGUGCUUUAUCUCAUUAAUACAAUGUGCUUAAAAAUAGUGCAUCAAAUAAGACAAAUAUUAUAAAAAAAUAUUGCUGCAAAUAAUGUGAUUCAUGAAUCAUAUAUUUUUAUAUCCCGAUGUCUCGUGGAUUAUUCAAUUGAAAAACACAAAAUAAUUUUUGUCUAAUUGAAUCUAAUAACAAAAAAAAUAUGAAAAACCGCAUUUUCUUUUUAAUGCUUUAAUAAUGUAUUCAGUUGCCCAUAGAAGAAUGAAUGAAGAAUGAUAUUCAUUUUCAUGUUGCACAUAUAAGGAAGAAACUGUAUUUACACUUUCCGAUUAAUGUGAUAAUCUUUGGAAGCUUGAAUGCCAAAGAUGAUAUAGAGAGAUUACUUUUAAAUGAUAAAUUAUAUAUAAUUAUUUGCAUUUUUUGUG